CCUUGUCCCAAGCCAGGAGGGCUUCAGGGGAGGGGUGUGGCCCCUGGCAGACUGGCAGUGUGGCCCAGGGGGCUGGGGGGUGCCAGGGAGGUGGGGGUGAACCUCGAAGCGGGAGGCACGAGUGCGGUUCUCUUUCCCCUGCUGGGGGGGCCUCGGAGCCGGUGGUGGGCCGGAAGGCUUCGAAGGCAGAGCCUGUGGGGCGGGGGUGGCGGCAGUGCUGCGGCCAGUGGCAGGGGCACCAUGGCCACCAUCCAGUCCGAGACCGACUGCUAUGACAUCAUCGAGGUGCUGGGCAAGGGCACCUUCGGGGAGGUGGCCAAGGGCUGGCGGCGAAGCACGGGCGAGAUGGUGGCCAUCAAGAUCCUCAAGAACGAUGCCUACCGCAACCGCAUCAUCAAGAAUGAGCUGAAGCUACUGCGCUGCAUGAGGGGUCUGGACCCAGAGGAGGCCCACGUCAUCCGCUUCCUCGAGUUCUUCCAUGACGCCCUCAAGUUCUACCUGGUCUUCGAGCUGCUGGAGCAAAACCUUUUCGAAUUCCAGAAGGAGAACAACUUCGCACCCCUCCCUGCCCGCCACAUCCGCACAGUCACCCUGCAGGUGCUCAGAGCCCUGGCCCGGCUCAAGGAGCUGGCGAUCAUCCAUGCUGAUCUCAAGCCCGAGAACAUCAUGCUGGUGGACCAGACCCGCUGCCCCUUCAGGGUCAAGGUGAUUGACUUUGGCUCAGCCAGCAUUUUCAGCGAGGUGCGCUAUGUCAAGGAGCCAUACAUUCAGUCGCGCUUCUACCGGGCCCCUGAGAUUCUGCUGGGGCUGCCCUUCUGCGAGAAGGUGGACGUGUGGUCACUGGGCUGCGUCAUGGCCGAGCUGCACCUGGGCUGGCCCCUUUACCCGGGCAACAAUGAGUACGACCAGGUGCGCUACAUCUGUGAGACGCAGGGCUUGCCCAAGCCCCACCUGCUGCACGCCGCCCGCAAGGCCCACCACUUCUUCAGGCGCAACCCCCACCCCGAUGCCGGCAACCCCUGGCAGCUCAAGUCCUCGGCCGACUACCUGGCUGAGACCAAGGUGCGCCCCCUGGAGCGCCGCAAGUACAUGCUCAAGUCACUGGACCAGAUUGAGACGGUGAACGGUGGCGGGGCGGCCAGUCGGCUGCCCGUCGUGGACCGCGAGGCGCUGGCGGAGCACGCCGACCUCAAGAGCAUGGUCGAGCUGAUCAAGCGCAUGCUGACGUGGGAGUCGCAUGAGCGCAUCAGCCCCAGCGCCGCCCUGUGCCACCCCUUCGUGUCCAUGCAGCAGCUGCGCAGCGCCCACGAGACUACCCGCUAUUACCAGCUCUCGCUUCGUGGCUGCCGCCUCUCGCUGCAGGUGGAGGGCAAGCUGCCCACGCCGGUGGCAGCUGCGGCGGAAGACGGGCCCCCCUACUACCGUCUGGCUGAGGAGGAGGAGGCUGUGGGCAUGGGCAGUGUGGUGGGCAGCGGGCCCUUCUUCUGCGAGGAGAAGGCGCCGGGCAUGCAAAGGGCCAUUGAUCAGCUGGACGACCUGAGUCUGCAGGAGGUGGGGCGGGGGCUGUGGGGUGAGAGCCGAGCCGACGUGGUGCCUGACAUGCUGGCCCCCCUCAAAGCCGCCGCCGCGGGCCACCGCAUGCCCGACUCAGGCCCCGAGCCCAUCCUGGCUUUCUAUGGCAGCCGCCUGGCAGGCCGCCACAAGGCCCGCAAGCCACCCGCAGGCUCCAAGUCUGACUCCAACUUCAGCAACCUCAUCCGGCUGAGCCAGGCCUCCCCUGAGGAUGAUGGACCGUGCCGGGGCAGCGGCUGGGCAGAAGGAGAGCGCCGCGGGGCCUCCACAGAGCCACCCACCCUCCCGCAGCGGGAUGGGGAUGGACCAGACAUCAAGGACAUGACCAUGGAUGCUGACGUGAGCCCGAGGCCGGGCUCUGAGCUCUUCGACCCCAGCAGCUGCCCUGGGGAAUGGCUGAGUGAGCCAGCCUGGACCCUGGAGGGUGUCAGGGGGCCACGGGCUCAGGGGCUCCCACCCCGGCACGCUCACCCGCACGGUCUGCCCCGGGCCACCAGCUUUCUGCAGCACGUCGGUGGGCACCGCUGAUGGUGACCCCACCCCUGCCCAUCACUAGGGGCUGCGCUAGCUGGGCUGGUAUCCCUUCCUCAGAAGCCAUUUCCUGAACCCACGUAUUAUUCUUACAGAAAGACAGUUAUUCAGAAAUUUCCCAUUACCCUUUCCCAUGGUGCAUGCCAGCACACAACCCCCCGAAUGCAGGAGGGCCUUGGGGUCUGGCCUGUGGGCCCCCUCCCUGGGGGGGGGGUGGCCAAAGGGACACAGGAAGGGGGCUGCCCCCACUGGCCCUGAGCAUGCCCUCGGCCCUGCUGCCUCUGCCUAUUUCAAUAAAGAACUGUUGAGCAGCUCUGCUUGAGGCCUGGACUGGAGCUGGGGUGGGGUUCAGUUUGGCACCCGGGGCCCUGCUCUCCAAUGCUGCUGUGCUCAGCUGGUCCCUGCGAGGGACAGGCUGACCCAUCCCCUAAAUAUGCUAAGUGCUUGGCACGAGAGAAUCCGCCCUCAGAACAUUCCGUGUGUUCAGCAGGUGCCAAUGCGAGCUUGCCAAAUGCCAAGGUCUCAUCUGUAGACCUGCCCUUGCCGCGUGUAUGGGCUUGGCAUGCUCUCCUCACCCACGCUUGGGUCAUGGUUAAGUGCGAAUUCCCUUGGCAGGCAUAAAUUCAUGCUUGGUGCACACUCGGGUGUUUGGAACAUGCGAGGCUACCCCUGGGAGCCGGUGAUGGUUCAAAGUGUGCCCAUCUGGGAACAUGCUAGAUGUAUAGCACACACUACCCUAUGCUGGCUAUGUAAGGCUCAGCUCACGCCAGCCCACAUGGUCACGCGCUACACGCUCAGCACAUCCUGGCUCAUGUGCACUGCACCCUUGGGGCUCAGCACAUGCCAGCCACAUGCUUUGUGCUCAGCACAUGCCAAAUCCAUGCUAAGGGCAUAGCACAGGCUGUGGGCUCAGGA